GCACUUGCUGCCUGGUGGGAAACUGCCCUCGAAUACAUUGUUCAACGCGAUCUAAUGAACUCUUUUCUUUUCUCCUUCACAGAUGAAUCAACAGUGCAAAGUUUGCGGCGAGCCAGCGGCCGGCUUCCACUUUGGAGCGUUCACCUGCGAGGGGUGCAAGUCCUUCUUCGGGCGGUCCUACAACAACCUGUCGUCGAUUUCGGAGUGCAAAAACAACGGCGAGUGCGUCAUCAACAAGAAGAACCGAACGGCGUGCAAGGCGUGCCGGUUGCGCAAGUGCCUGUACGUGGGAAUGUCCAAGAGCGGCUCGCGGUACGGUCGGAGGUCGAACUGGUUCAAGAUUCACUGCUUGCUGCAGGAGCAGCAGCAGGCGGCACAGCAGCACGCAGCGAACCAUAAGGCGGGCGGAGGAGCACCUCCGGUUCACGGGAUGUUUGGUCCUCCGGGGGCGUACCCGCACAGUAUGUACGCCCGGCCACCGUGCACCAAAGAAGAGCUCAUGCUGCUGGGGUUGGAGGAGUACAGCAAGCACCCGUCGGCGUCACCUUCGGUCAGCUCGCCUGAUAGCCACAACUCGGACAGCUCCAAUGAGAUCAACGACCGGCGGAACGCCCUGCUCCGACAAGGCAAGCUGCACGAUUCGCCCUCGAUCAACAAGGAGCUGUUCCUGCCGAUGCCCUUCGGCGGACUCCCGCUGAUGCCACCUCCGGGCUUCCUCCCGCCGUCCCACCUGAUGUUCCCGGGCUUCCAUCCGGCCCUGUACCCGCACCACCAGGGUCUGCUCAAGCCGGCCGAAGCGCCCAUCCUCAGCAGUUCACCGCUUGCCAACAACAACAGCCGCUUUACACCAAAUCACAACAACACCAGCAGUAACAACAACAGCAACAGCAACGUCACCACCCCGACGGAAACCCGCAAGUCCCCGGAUCCCUUCACCAAGCGCUUCUACCUGGACGCCGUGCUCGAGUCCCAGCGAUGCCCGAGCAACGAAACCGCCGGCAGCGCCAAGGAGGAGCAGGAACCGGAAGAGGUCGUCCCGGCCACCAUGACGCCACCUCGAUCUCCGGCGGCCGCCGCAGCCGCCCCCCAGCAGGACAACCCCAUCGAUCUGAGCAUGAAAACGGGCAGCAGCAGCUGCUCCGAGGACCACCGAACGUCCGUGUCCGGCGCCGACUCGGACGACGAGCAGCUGAUUGUCGUGUCGAACGAUCGCGCCUCGCCCGCUUCGGUCCACUCGGGAAAGUACACCAACAAUAACUCCAUUCCCAACAACCACCACCACCAUUACCAGCGGCACCACCACCACGCGAGUCCAUCGCACGGGAGCGCCAGCUCCGAUUCGGAGAUGGAGGACGUGUCGGAUGUGCCGCGGACGACCGAGUACGACCGCGAGAUCGUCCGGAUGAAGCUGCAGGGCACGACCCCGCUGGAUCUGACGACCAAGGUCUGAUUUGUUUUGUUGGAGAGUUGAGGGCGGACCCACCAAAUCGAUCCGCGGGCGCUGUCUUAAUUAAGUGAGUUGAAAUCUUUCAUGAAAGAUUUCAGUCGUGAGCUGUCAAAAUUAGGGCAGCGCCUCGGAUCGUCAUAGUUUUAGAGCAACUUAUGUACAGAAAAAGCAGUGUUUUUAACGGCAAUACAACGAAACUCCUUAGAAGAUUGCAUAUUUUUAAAGAAGAGAAUGUAAAUAGCAAGUUUGAAGCAACGCAAGAGAGUGCAUCAUGACAAUCAGUUUUAGUUUUUAAGGCGCGAAAUGGGAGCCAGUUCGACGAGCAUCGCAAGUAAACACAUGUGCCAGUAGUCUUAUUGUGUGAGUGUAAAAAGGUAGAGUUUUUGUUUAGGUUAGAGGACACCGAAGGACAGUUUUGAGACAGGACGCAAUGGCCAGUAGUUGUGUGCGAAUCGGUUUCCACGUGUAUGUGAAUUCUGACAAACCAAAUUUUAUAGUAAAAUGAAGAGGGAAACAAGUUGUACAAUACAAAAUGACAAUGCAGAGCAGUAUACUUAAAUAUUAUUCUUUAGAAGUGUAAUCGCUUGUUGUAAGUCCAAAUAUUUAUUUUCUUCCUCCAACGAGAACCGCUCUCCAUCAAACUCCAGCUAAACUCCUCUCUCGAGAUAUCUCCUCCGCGCUGACAUCUGGUUCCUGGUCUGCUGGAUCGUUCUGUGCGUGGGGGCUCCUCUUCACGUGUUUGCCCGGCGCAGUCAUUUAUGUCUUCUUAACAGGCACUCUUGACGGUCAGACCCCGAAGACUUGCUCUGACUUGAGCUACCGGACUUCGCGCGCACUCAAUAAUAGUCCCGCCUGUGAUUAAGUGCAUACAAAUUAAAGUCAGUUCCCAUCCAAUAUCAUCAUCAUUUUUCUCUCUCCACCGUCGUGGUACCUCUCACCUUAAGGUGCGAACCUACCUUCUCACCGGUGAGAAAGGCAUAAAAAUCUUGAUAUAUAUAUAACGAGCGUAAAUCCAGAAAUCGCUCGCGGGCAUCAAUUUCAAUAAAUCUGCAUAGUCGAGCUGGCAUCACUGCUCGGUGAAAGACCCAAGCGCCCCGGGAGCGUCUUUUUUCUCAUCGUAAACCUACUCGUUUUCCUUUCCCUCUCUCCGCCCAGACGAUCCAGUUCAUCUCAUAAGCUCCUCUCCCCCCGCGUGCGCCCUCUCGACUGAUGAGAGAGAGAGCCGGGACCUAACCUCGAAAUAAAAAUAAAUCCGUUUACACAAAUCGCACGUUGAUCAAAUGACCACUCCGUGGUCUCUUCUCAGUGCGCUAAUCUGUAGCACCGGCACCAGAAACCAGAGAGAGAGUCCGAGCUAUUUUAAUAGUCCAAUUUCUCAUCAUGUGAUGAAAAUAAAAUUAAGGUUGUAAACACAAACAGAGCGAGAGAGAAAAAAGUGACCAACCCUAUUAGGAGGGUGAGAGAAGUAGACGAGAGUGAGAGAGAAGAGUAAAGGGAGUUGAAAAAAAAACGUUGUUAAAUUAAGGUUAGUUAGUCCAAUGUGUAGUUUAAUUUCGUUUUUAAGUGGAACCCAUAAAACACACAGCAAAACAAACACACAGGAGGGGAAACAAGGGGGUAAAAAAUGUGGUUUACUAUUUAUCCAAGACCAAUUUUUACACACGCCGGGGAGAGAGAAAAAAUCACACGUUAACGUGAGAAACACACUACAGUAAGAAACAAGUUGAAACAGACACACACAAAAAAAAAACAAGUGAUCUAUUGGUGUAUGCGCGAAAGUUAAGCAACUGUAAACGGUUGUGAAAUGUUAUCGGGCAUAACUGGACAAUACUUUUUUAAAUCAUUAACUUAGUUAUUUUAACGAUGCAAAGGUUUAAGUAAAGCAAUUGUUGAUUAUUGUAAAAAGUGACUAGCGAGUAAGAAAACAAACACA